AUGCCGAAGCAGCAGCCGCGAUCCGUUGGGAUAUCGUCGCUGCAAGCUCUGGACGAGGUUGCCAAUGGUUCAUCAGCAUUCAAGCUUGGCGAGCGGACCGGUCGUGCGGUGGCGGCGGGUGGAACCGUGGAAGAGGACUUCCCCGCAUCUGCAGCAAGUAUUUGUCAUGAUGCUUCUCCGAUGGGGCCAAAAAAAAACCCACCGCUCAUGCAAGGAAGCAGUUCGAGCGGGAUCGGAGGGGCCAGAGAGGAAUCGUCAGGCGAGAGAGCAAUCGAGCAAACAGAUUAUACCCGCACAAGCAGCAUGGAACUCUGGUACCAUGGUAGUACACAUAGAGAAUUCUAA